CCGAGGAUUGCCGCCCUCUCCCCGGCAGCUCCCUUGCUGUUCAGUGGGAGGCUGGGGAGCGCCUGGAGGGGGCGAUCUCGGGCGCUCGCUGGGCCACUCCAUGCUCAGGAGACGCCAGCUGUUGAAAUCACCCCGCAGCUUGGGCGGGCGGCUGAGCUCCGGGCUCGCCAGCCGCAGCCCCUCCGCCCGCUUCCCGGGGCCGCUGCGUCCCUGCUGCACCGGGUAAAUCAGGAGUGACUCCACUGCAGAUAAGGGAGUUACGCCAAAAAAUGAAGGCAGAAUUGGGCCCUGAAUCUUUAAAGAAUUCCUCAGAAGAACAUCCUCCAGAGAGCAUCACGAGGAGAAGAACACUUUGUCUUCUACUGUUGGAAUGAGUUGAGCUGGACUCUGUGCUGCAGGAAUAAACAUCAACUGCUCCUGUUUCAAAGACCGUUUUUUCUCUCUCUCAUUUUAGAAACUCAGUAUUCCAAGUGGAACAACUUCAAGAGGAGAGAUUGAAAGAGCCUCACAGCUGAGAGAUGGCAAAUCCCUGUUUAAAUUCUCUCUCCUUCUCACAAGUAGGACCUGACGCAGGGUCUCUUCCAAUGUGAGUAACCACUGGACUAAAAGUUAGGGGUGGGCUCUCCUUCUCCCUCCCCACACCAUUUUGUGUAAGCGUGCCUAUAGAACCUGAUACACCAGGUGAGUUUGAGCACACUUACCAGCUAGGGCCCCACAAGCAAGCUUGGUAGAGGAACGCCUGUCGUCCCCCAGUUCAUGUAUCACUCUGGGGCUUAGGCAUCUGGACACUGAGCAAGGAGUUGCAGUGAGCAUGUGCAGAUGUGGAAACAUAGGUGCCUAGGGAACUUCUAGUGCAACAAUUUAGGUGCCAAGAGAGCUUAGGUACCUACAAAGUCUGGAGGCUGCUGAACAGGGGGGAUUUUGAAUCAUAGUCAGGCCUGAUUUCGGGAUUUAGGCUUGUAACUUGUAUUUCUCAAAAUAUAGCCAAGUGAUCUUGACUGCACUUGUGGUUCGAUAUUUAAAAAGUUCAAGAGACCAAAUAACCAAGCUCCAGACUGGAGCCUCCAGUCACUUAUUGUCUAAAGACAUGCAGUUCACUUUUCACAGGGGUGCUCCCAUACCAUGCACGCGAGACUACAUAGAUACAGUAACCUCUUUACAAGUUAGAGAGCAUUCUGUGUCACCAGAGACUAAAUUUAACCAACCAGCUUUUGGUCUUGUUCUUCUGGCACUAUGGUGUACCUUUCCUUUGCUGUUUUGGGUACUGUAUUCCAAACCAAUUGUCCAUGCGGGUACCGCCAUACUUGUACCAGGACAAUCCACAACUGUAUAUUGCCUUUAACAGGUUUCCUGUUUUCCAGUGCCAAAGCUGACUUUAGCUUUGCAAAGUGUUGUGGGAUACUUGGCAUAGGUGAACAGAAUUACAGGAAGAACCUGAUAUAUGUCAGGUAGCCUAAUUACACAGCAUUCAUAUUUAAUAUCAUGUAGACAGUAUUAGUUGUGUAUAACACUUGUUAAUGUGGUGCGUGUGUGUGCAUAUAUAAUGUGUCUGUGAAUAGAAGCCAGUUAGGGGCGUAAGUCCUUUUGUGAAUCUAGCCCAGUGUGGUAUUGCUAUUAGCAGAAUAGGGUUAUAUGCUGUUUUACACAUGAGUACAUAAACAGGUAAAAGGAACCCAGCUAUGAAGGGCAGGGAAGGCACAAUUGUGGGAUGAGACAGGGAAUAAGAAGAAAAUCUAGGGGAGAGCACUUCCCUCUCCUUUGUAAUCAGGUGUCUUCCAGACAUUUCAGGGGCUUAUUUUUCUUGUUUCCAUUUGUCAUUUAUUUUCUCCCUAAGCACUUCUAUGGUGCUCAGUACCACAGAAUGAGUAUUUGGCCUCUCUAGCAUUUCUGAUCCUACCAACAGUCAGACACUGGAGUAGGCAGGGGAGUUUAGUAGUUGAAUAUUAACUCUCACGAUGCUUUCAGGAAGGAUUUGAAGAUGUACACUAGACCUUCUAUUUGAUAAACAGACACAGUAGAGCUGACCACAGAAACUUUGAAAUAAGACCUGCCAAGUGAAAACCUGAAAAAUCAUUCAAACAUCCAGAAACUUGAGUCAUUUGUUUUCUCUGUCCAGGUCAGAGAUUCACCAAGCAAAUGUACUUGAAGAUGGCAUCAACUCCAAUAAACCCUGAAGUUACUUGCUCUUUGCUAAAUAUUAGCUUUUGUUCAGCCCUCCUGAUAUCUGAAAAAUAUGUCCUCAAAGACAGACCUCUGUUUUAACCAUUGAUCUACCACAGCCAACUGCAAAUAUCUGUCCAUGGCCUUUUUCUGACAGGCAAGAUGAAAUAAUGGCAACAAUCAAAGAGUUAACAGGAAGACUUUUUGGCUCUUCCUUCUCCCACUUCAGGUUUGUCAGUGAUGGCAUGCAACGACACUCCCAUAGACAGUGAUGUUGCUCUCAAUGAGAGUACCCUAUCCAUAGGCUCCAGUUACACAGCUCUGCCUGCCCCACUCAGGAUAUUGUUGGUAAUAAUAAUGGUCUUCAUGAUUGCCGUUGGAUUUUUUGGUAAUGCCAUUGUCUGCCUCAUUGUCUACCAGAAGCCAGCCAUGCGUUCAGCCAUCAACCUGCUGCUAGCAACUUUGGCCUUUUCUGACAUCAUGCUGUCUUUGUUCUGCAUGCCUUUUACCGCAGUUACAAUUAUUACAGUGACCUGGAACUUCGGGGCUCACUUCUGUCGGAUAUCAGCUAUGCUCUAUUGGUUAUUUGUCUUGGAAGGAGUCUCUAUACUCUUGAUCAUUAGCGUGGACCGUUUCUUAAUUAUCGUUCAACGGCAAGACAAGCUGAACCCUUAUCGUGCCAAAGUCAUCAUCGCCAUGUCCUGGGCACUGUCCUUCUGCAUUUCCUUUCCUUCAGUGAUUGGAUGGACAUUUGUGGAAGUACCAGCCCGGGCUCCCCAAUGUGUUCUGGGGUACACUGAAUUUCCUGCUGACAGAGCUUAUGUCGUGAUGCUAGUUGUGGCAAUUUUCUUCAUCCCUUUCAGUAUCAUGCUGUAUUCUUACCUUUGCAUUCUAAAUACCGUGCGGCGCAAUGCCCUUAGGAUCCACAACCAUGCUGACAGCCUUUGCUUGAGCCAGGUGAGCAAACUAGGCCUCAUGGGACUACAGAAACCUCAGCAGAUGAAUGUGGACAUGAGCUUCAAAACCAGAGCCUUCACUACAAUUCUCAUUCUAUUCAUUGGCUUUUCACUCUGCUGGCUUCCACACACUGUGUUCAGCUUGCUCUCUGUGUUUAGCAGACAGUUCUACUACAGCCCUUCUUUCUACAUCACCAGCACCUACAUCCUGUGGCUGAGUUACCUCAAGUCAGUGUUUAACCCUGUCGUCUACUGUUGGAGAAUCAAGAAAUUCCGUGAGGCCUGCAUGGAAUUCAUGCCUAAAACAUUCAAGAUCCUCCCUAAAGUGCCUGGACGAACAAAGAGGAGAAUACAGCCAAGUACAAUAUACAUUUGUAGUGAGACCCAGUCAGCUGUUUAGGAAGAAGCUGUGGGCCAGGGAGGGCAAAGUUAUGAAAGGAUUGGUUAAAGUAGGCAAUAGUUCAUUUCUACUAUUUACUUUCUGCUGUUGUCACAAAUCUUUAAAAGGAUGCUGUGCUCCAUUGUUCUUUGUGUUAAGAUUGUAUUUCUAACUUCCCCCAAGCUUACAAAUAACUCAUUAGUACUGCUUGAAUUAAAACCACUUGGUGCAAUAAUGGUGCAAUACUUGGUGCCAUGUAAAAAUGUCACUUGUGACCAAAAAUAUAGUCUGUCUAAUAACAAUACAGUGGUAACAGCUGAAA